AUGGGUGGUCGAGUGUACAAGAGUAAAACUGAUGUCCGGGUCCAUAUGGUUCAAAAAAUCAUGAAAGCUCUCGAGAGAAAUAGCAUCACCAUGCCAGAUGAGGAAGACGUCAUCUAUAGAAUUCACACAGGGGAGAAGCCAUAUUCAUGUUCAGAAUGUAGAAAAUGUUUUAGUUGUAAAUCAAAACUUGUCACACAUCAUAGAAUUCAUACAGGGGAGAAGCCAUAUUCAUGUUCAGAAUGUGGGAAAUGUUUUAGAUCUAAAUCACAUCUUGUCGCACAUCAUAGAAUUCAUACAGGGGAGAAGCCAUUUUCAUGUUCAGAAUGUGGGAAAUGUUUUAGAUCUAAAUCACAUCUUGUCGCACAUCAGAGAAUUCACACUGGAGAGAAGCCAUUUUCAUGUUCAGAAUGUGGGAAAUGUUUUUAUUCUAAAUCACAUCUUGUCACACAUCAGAGAAUCCACACUGGAGAGAAGCCGUUUUCAUGUUCAGAAUGUGGGAAAUGUUUUCCCAACAAAUCAACUCUUAAUACACAUCAGAAAACUCACACUGGAGAGAAGCCAUUUUCAUGUUCAGAAUGUAGAAAAUGUUUUAGAUGUAAAUCAGAACUUUUAACACAUAUGAGAAAUCACACAGGAGAGAAGCCAUUUUCAUGUUCAGAAUGUGGGGAAUGUUUUAGAUCUAAAUCACAUCUUGUCGCACAUCAUAGAAUUCAUACAGGGGAGAAGCCAUUUUCAUGUUCAGAAUGUGGGAAAUGUUUUAGAUCUAAAUCACAUCUUGUCGCACAUCAGAGAAUUCACACAGGGGACAAACUAUUUUCAUGUUCAGAAUGUGAGAAAUGUUUUCAUUCUAAAUCGCAUCUGGUCACACAUCAGAGAAUUCACACUGGAGAGAAGCCAUUUUCAUGUUCAGAAUGUGGGAAAUGUUUUUAUUCUAAAUCACAUCUUGUUACACAUCAGAGAAUUCACACUGGAGAGAAGCCGUUUUCAUGUUCAGAAUGUGGGAAAUGUUUUUAUUCUAAAUCACAUCUUGUCACACAUCAGAAAACUCACACUGGAGAGAAGCCAUUUUCAUGUUCAGAAUGUAGAAAAUGUUUUAGAUGUAAAUCAGAACUUUUAACACAUAUGAGAAAUCACACAGGAGAGAAGCCAUUUUCAUGUUCAGAAUGUGAGAAACGUUUUUAUCAAAAAUCAGUUCUUGCUACACAUCAGAGAAUUCACACUGGAGAGAAGCCAUUUUCAUGUUCAGAAUGUAGAAAAUGUUUUAGUUGUAAAUCAGAACUUGUCACACAUCAUAGAAUUCAUACAGGGGAGAAGCCAUAUUCAUGUUCAGAAUGUGGGAAAUGUUUUAGAUCUAAAUCGAAUCUUGUCACACAUCAGAGAAUUCACACUGGAGAGAAGCCAUAUUCAUGUUCAGAAUGUGGGAAAUGUUUUCCCAACAAAUCAGCUCUUAAUGCACAUCAGAAAACUCACACAGGGGAGAAGCCAUUUUCAUGUUCAGAAUGUGGGAAAUGUUUUCAUGUUAAAUCACAUCUUGUCACACAUCAGAGAAUUCACACUGGAGAUAAUCCAUUUUCAUGUUCAGUAUGUGGGAAAUGUUUUCCCAAUAAAUCAGCUCUUAACAUACAUAAGAAAACUCACACAGGGCAGAAGCCAUUUUCAUGUUCAGAAUGUAGAAAAUGUUUUAGAUGUAAAUCUGAACUUUUAACACAUAUGAGAAUUCACACAGGGGAGAAGCCAUUUUCAUGUUCAGAAUGUGGAAAAUGUUUUCCCAACAAAUCAGCUCUUAAUUCACAUCAGAAAACUCACACAGGGGAGAAGCCAUUUUCAUGUUCAGAAUGUAGAAAAUGUUUUAGAUGUAAAUCAGAACUUCUAACACAUAUGAGAUUUCACACAGGGGAGAAGCCAUUUUCAUGUUCAGAAUGUGGGAAAUGUUUUCAUGUUAAAUCACAUCUUGUCACACAUCAGAGAAUUCACACUGGAGAGAAGCCAUUUUCAUGUUCAGAAUGUGGAAAAUGUUUUUACAGUACUGAUGGCCAACUUACCGUUGACCAUGUCCCUGUAGGGGCCACAGCCCAACAUGGGGACUCAUGUUACAACUGGAAUCGUCUGACCAACGAUGCCAGCCAGUUGAAAUCCUCAUAUAUCUUGGCCAGCUCCAUAUCACCACCCCGGUCCGUUCCCUAG